AUGGCGAUCCCCACAGAGCCUGCGGACAAUCACACAAUUGGGCCUGAUCUGGAGAAGCUGGGUAGAGAGCGUCCAUCUCACUUCUCCGGUCGAUGGUCAGAGCUGGCUUUCUGCUUCUCUAUUGUGAUGUCCCAGAUAUUAGCAGAAUUCUACAUCACAGGAUCCAACCUUCUACUUCCAACUCUGGUGACAGAGCUGGGUAUUCCAGAAGCCUCCACAAUAUGGCCGACCACCGCGCUCUCACUUGUUAUUUGCGCAACGCUCCUCAUCUUCGGUCGCUUGACAGACAUGUAUGGAGGAUACCUUGUAUACAACGCCGGCGCCAUCUGGCUUACCAUCUCCUCUAUUCUCGCCGGCGUCUCGACAACGUGGUUGAUGCUGAUCAUUUGCCGUGCACUGCAAGGCCUGGCCCUCGGAGCACUCCUCCCAUCCGGAAUGAUGAUCCUCGGUAGCACGUAUCGCCCAGGCCCUCGGAAGAACCUUGUCUUCAGUAUCUACGGCGCAUGUGCCGCUCUGGGCUUCUUCGCCGGCUUCUUUGUCUCGGGAAUCUGCGGUCAGUUCCUAACAUGGAGGUGGUACUUCUACAUUGGCGCAAUCCUAUCCGCCAUUAUGGCUGCGUCAUCGAUUUUCUCGGUUCCUCGUGACUACUACGAGAAGAAGGAGCUCGGUAUUUGUAUGGACUGGCCUGGACUCAUCCUCUCCAUCACGGGUACUACACUUUUCGUUUUCGCCAUUGCGGAUAGUUCAUAUGCACCACAGGGGUGGAAGACGCCAUACAUUAUCGUCUUCUUUGUCUUGGGCGUCAUCUUGCUAGGAUCAAUGGCUUAUGUUGAAGGGUGGGUUGUUCGCAAUCCUCUUCUUCCUAGUGACAUUUUCCAAGUGAAGCACAUGACAGCUCUUGUCAUCGCUUUACUGUUCCUCUAUGGAAGCCUGGGGAUUUUCCUCCUCUACGGUGUUCUCUAUAUGUCUGAUUUUAUGGGCGGUUCACCUCUCCAAAUCGUCGCCUGGACUGCCCCAAUGGGCGUUGGGGGUUUGAUUCUCUCCGCAACCGGUGGAUUCAUUCUCCACAAGGUAUCCGGAACCUUGUUGAUGCUCAUCUCCUGCCUCGGAUAUGUGGGAUCUGGACUGCUUUUCGCCGUCAUUCCGAUUGGCGGAAACUAUUGGGCGUACAUUUUCCCAGCUAUGAUCUGCGGUACUGUCGCCAUUGACAUCAGCUUCAACCUCGCCAAUAUAUUCAUCACGACUAGCUUACCCAGGUCGAGGCAAGGACUUGCCGGAGCCCUCAUUUAUUGUACUAUGCAUCUGGGUAUUGCUGUCAUGCUCGGCUUUGCGGACAUCGUUCAGACUCAGACAAAGCACCUCCGCGUUCGGAAAAGCUACAAGGUUGUUUUCUGGUUCCAAACUGGGUUGGCCAUUGCUGGGCUGCUUAUAGUUCUAUUAUUUGUGAGAAUUCGUCAUGCGAAGAGUGAGUUUACAGCAGACGAACUCCGGGCUAUGGAGCCACGGGAAAGCAUAAACAGGGAAAGCAUAAACAGGGAGAGUGAGGGGGUGUAA